AUGGUGCAAUCUCCUGCGACACCCAGCACCUUGGCUCCGCGCCGCGACUCGCUCGAACUCGCCUCGCUCGCCUCUUCCGACCACAAUGGCCACGCACGUGAGUCAUUCGAGUCUUCCGAGGCUGGCAUAUCAUCAUCGCGCAAGUUGUCGUUAGAAGAAGCCGAGAAUGGUAGGCCUGUACCACAGCGCCGAAGCUACUCCGUCUCCAGCGCCUUCGACUUCAACAACGCACUCUUCCCGUUGUCCGCUUCGGGCGAUGGUUACGCAGCACUAGGCACGUCAAGCACGCCGAACUUCGAUCUGGGAGGCCAGCAAAGUCUAGAGAAGCACAAGAGCUUGACGUUUCUGAAUGGCUUGUCGCUGGUGGUAGGCUUGAUCAUAGGCUCUGGCAUCUUCUCUAGCCCUGCUAGUGUCAACAGCAACGCAGGCUCGCCAGGCGCAGCAUUGAUUGUUUGGGUGGUGUCAGGUGUCCUGGCCUGGACUGGUGCAGCAAGCUAUGCUGAGCUUGGCGGAGCAAUACCGCUCAAUGGAGGCGCGCAAGUCUACCUGAGCAAGAUCUUUGGUGAAUGGGCUGGCUUUCUGUUCACCUGGUGUGCUGUCACGGUGCUCAAGCCAGGCUCAGCAGCCAUCAUUGCAAUCAUCUUCGGCGAGUACAUCGUCCGGGCGAUCAUUGGUGCAGACGCACUGGAUGCUAGUCCUUGGAUUAAUAAAGGCGUUGCACUACUUGGCUUGCUCCUUGUAACGGCAAUGAAUUGCGUCUCGACAAAGCUUGGAACAAGAAGUGCAGACUUAUUCAUGUUCUUUAAGUUCGUGGGCCUACUUGCCAUAACCAUCUUUGGCAUUGUUGUCGCCGCCACUGGCUUCGCUUACGAUAAAGAUGCGCUAUCGCAGACCUGGAAACACACCAACUGGUUCGAAGGCACAUCAAACUCAUCCUCAAGGUGGGCCGUCGCGCUCUAUGCUGGUCUCUGGGCUUACGAUGGCUGGGACAACACCAAUUACGUCGUGGGCGAGAUGAUCAAUCCAGGCCGUGACCUCCCACGGACCAUUCACACAUCGCUACCGCUGGUCAUUCUCGCCUACAUCCUUGCGAACCUCUCAUACAUAUUUGUACUGCCAGCCGACGUCAUCAACAAGUCGAACACCGUGGCUGUUGCUUUCGGCCAAGUCGUGCUCGGCCGCAUGGGAUCCAUCAUGCUCGCCCUUGUGGUGUCUGGAUCCUGCUUCGGAGCCUUGAACGCCACAACUUUCACUGGCGGCCGACUAGUCUACAGCGCGGGCAAGGAAGGCUAUAUUCCGUCCCUCUUUGCCACCAUCGGCGUUGCUAGAGCGAAGCAAUACCGCGUUCCGCGCCGAAACUCACGGACUCGCCGCCUUACACGCUUUCUAGCGGAUGAUCAAGGCUUCUUCGCCACACCCAUCUACGCAAUGGUGCUCAACUACUUCCUCACCGCAAUCUAUAUCAUCAUCGGCGACUUUGCGACACUAACGACCUUCUACGGCGUCGCUUCGUACCUUUUCUACUUUGCCGCGGUUGUCGGCCUUAUCACGUUGAGGAUCAGGGAGCCUGAGCUCGAGAGGCCGUACAAGUGCUGGAUUGUUACACCAGUAGUAUUCUGUUGCGUCAGUUUGUUCCUUGUCAGCCGGGCGAUCUUUGCGAAGCCAGGUCAGGCCUUAAUAGUGUUCGUGUUCAUAGCCGCGGGUGUGCCGUUGUACUGGUGGCGCGUCGGCUGGAGGAAGGCUGGCAGCGGACGAAAGCGAGGCGAUAAAGGUGGCGAGAAUGAAGGUUGGUGGCGGUUUUGGCGGCGAUGGGGACGGAGCGGGGGGUAG